GGGACUAGAGAGGCUUCCGGGCUGCGGAGCGGCGUCGGAACCCCCGCGUCAGGCUUCCAGCAGGACCCCGCCGGGAGGCCAGCCAGCAUGAGCGGCUCCAAGCCGGACAUCCUGUGGGCCCCUCACCAGGUGGACAGGUUCGUGGUGUGCGACUCGGAGCUGAGCCUGUACCAGGUGGAGCCGGCCGGCAGCUCGGAGCUCAAGGCGGGCUCCUUGCGGCUGUCGGAGGACACCGCGGCCACCUUGCUGUCCAUCAACUCGGACACCCCCUACAUGAAGUGCGUGGCCUGGUACCUGAGCUACGACCCCGAGUGUCUGCUGGCCGUGGGCCAGGCCAACGGCCGCGUGGUCCUCACCAGCCUGGGCCAGGACCCCAACUCCAAGUUCAAGGAUUUGAUCGGGAAGGAGUUUGUCCCCAAACACGCGCGGCAGUGCAACACCCUGGCCUGGAACCCCCUGGACAGCAACUGGCUGGCCGCUGGCCUGGAUAAGCAUCGCGCCGACUUCUCCGUGCUCAUCUGGGACAUCUGUAGCAAGUACAGCCCGGAAGCCACGGUUCCUUUGGAGAAAGUCAGACUGUCAGCCGGAGACCCGGAGGCAGGGCUGGUGGUGACGAAGCCCCUCUACGAGCUGGGGCAGAAUGACGCUUGUCUGUCUCUCUGCUGGCUGCCUCGAGACCAGAAGCUGCUGCUGGCCGGCAUGCACAGGAACCUGGCCAUAUUCGACCUUCGCAACACGAGCCAGAAGAUGUUUGUGAACACCAAAGCCGUCCAGGGAGUGAUGGUGGACCCCCACUUCCACGACCGCGUGGCUUCUUUCUACGAAGGCCAGGUGGCCAUCUGGGACCUUCGGAAAUUUGAGAAGCCCGUCCUGACCCUGACGGAGCAGCCCAAGCCUCUCACCAAAGUGGCCUGGUGCCCCACGAGGACGGGGCUGCUGGCCACGCUCACCAGGGACAGCGACAUCAUCCGGCUGUAUGACAUGCAGCACACGCCCACGCCCAUUGGCGACGAGACCGAGCCCACCAUCAUCGAGCGCAGCGUGCAGCCCUGCGACAAUUACAUCGCCUCCUUCGCCUGGCACCCCACCAGCCAGAACCGGAUGAUUGUGGUGACGCCCAACCGGGUCCUGUCUGACUUCACCGUGUUUGAACGGAUCUCCCUCGCCUGGAGUCCGGUCACCUCCUUGAUGUGGGCCUGUGGCCGUCACCUCUACGAGUGCACCGAGGAGGGGCGUGAUCCUUCCUUAGAAAAGGACAUCGCCACCAGGAUGCGCCUCCGCGCUUUGUCCCGCUACGGCCUCGAUACCGAGCAGGUCUGGAGAAACCACGUGCUGGCUGGAAACGAGGACCCUCAGCUGAAGUCUCUCUGGUACACGCUCUACUUUAUGAAGCAGUAUACGGAAGAUUUGGACCCAAAGGCUCCAGGCCACAAAGGCUCACUGGUUUAUGCAGGCAUUAAAACCAUCGUGAAAUCAUCUCUGGGCAUGGCGGAGGGCGGCAGCAGACACAGCUGGAGUGGGGCAUCCGAGAAGCCGAGCGAGGGCCCGAGUCUGAGCGAGGAGAGAAUCUUGGCCUUACAGCUCUGUGGCUGGAUCAGCAAGGGGACGGAUGUGGACGUGGGACCCUUCCUCAACUCCCUCGUGCAGGAGGGGGAAUGGGAGCGAGCCGCCGCCGUGGCCUUGUUCAACCUGGACAUCCGGCGCGCUAUCCAGAUCCUGAACGAAGGGGCAUCUUCUGAGAAAGGCGACCUGAACCUCAACGUGGUAGCCAUGGCGCUGUCGGGGUACACGGACGAGAAGAACUCCCUCUGGAGGGAGAUGUGCAGUACCCUGCGGUUACAGCUCAGCGACCCCUACCUGUGUGUCAUGUUUGCCUUCCUGACGAGCGAGCCUGGCUGUUACGACGGCGUCUUGUAUGAGAAGAAAGUGGCGGUACGAGACAGGGUGGCGUUUGCCUGCAAGUUCCUCAGUGAUGCUCAGUUGAACAGAUACAUUGAAAAACUGACCAAUGAAAUGAAAGAGGCUGGAAAUCUGGAAGGAAUCUUGCUGACGGGUCUAACGAAGGAUGGAGUCGAUUUAAUGGAAAGUUAUGUUGAUAGAACUGGAGAUGUCCAGACUGCAAGCUACUGCAUGCUACAGGGUUCUCCAUUAGAUGUACUUAAAGAUGAGAGGGUCCAGUAUUGGAUUGAAAACUAUAGGAAUUUGCUGGAUGCAUGGCGCUUCUGGCACAAGCGAGCAGAAUUUGACAUUCACAGGAGUAAACUGGAUCCCAGUUCCAAGCCCUUAGCACAGGUGUUUGUGAGCUGCAACUUCUGCGGAAAAUCCAUCUCCUACAGCUGCUCAGCUGUGCCCCACCAGGGCCGGGGCUUCAGCCAGUACGGCGUGAGCGGCUCCCCGACCAAAUCCAAAGUCACCAGUUGCCCCGGCUGUCGGAAGCCCCUCCCCCGAUGUGCGCUCUGCCUCAUCAACAUGGGCACGCCCGUUUCUAGCUGCCCAGGAGGAUCCAAGUCAGAUGAGAAAGUAGACCUGAGCAAGGACAAGAAGCUGGCCCAGUUCAAUAACUGGUUCACGUGGUGCCACAACUGUCGUCACGGCGGCCAUGCCGGCCACAUGCUCAGCUGGUUCAGGGACCACGCUGAGUGUCCUGUGUCCGCGUGUUCCUGUAAGUGCAUGCAGUUGGAUACGACAGGGAAUCUUGUCCCAGCAGAGACUCUGCAGCCCUAGCCUGGAACCCUUCAAGGGGGCGGCUUUCUGGCAGGGACCCCCCCACAAACCUAUGCCCCCGACUCAUCAGCCUUGGACGUCCCCAGGGGGUCGGGCUGCUUCGCAGACCCUGCUGCGGUGGGCGACCAGCCUCUGUCCUCAGAGGCAGCUGUCGACUGGCCAGAGCAGUUUGUUUCAGAAAUUCUUGUAGAAAUCCAGAAUGCCUCCUGGUCACGUGACAUAGAGGACUUUAAACUCGGCUGGGAAAGCAGGAAGUACUUCAUUAACAUGUGGACUCUCCAGAUGUGGGAUUCAGCCCACGUCCCAGAAGAUGGGGCUAAAUCCCUCCGCAAAAGUGGCUGGUAAAUCUGUGGGGGAGUCUGGUUCCUUCCUCUCCCUUGUCACCAGCCCCCGCCCCACACCUGCUGUUGCAGAAAAGGAGUGAAUGAAUCAGUGGACGAGGGCUUGGCGUUCACAAUUACCAUUCAGUUACACGUUUUCGUUGCAAGACGACGAACGUUAUAUGGUGUUGACCAUCCGUUUAUUAGAGGGGGUUAGAGAACUCCACAUGAACACGCAGCCCCAAACUUAACUUGCCCGUGUGAGAAAACACAUUUCUGACACGCCAGUCGUCAGACGUGAGCGUUGCCUCUCCAGCGUGAUGACUUGGAUUGCACAGCUUUCCUCUCUCCGUGGUCAUAAUGGGAGGCCCAGGGCGGCCCUGGAGCCAGCUUCUGACCUUCCCCCCCAGAUGGAUUGUCUCCUCUAGACGCCGACACCCCGCUGCAGAGGCAGCUUCUGACGCCACAGAGGAGAAGCCUGGCUCUUCUGCUUUCAUCGGUCCUCAUCUGGGGGAGGAUUUUCCUCCGGGCGUCGACGCCCGUAAAUGUGCUUCCUAUUCGGGCCAUGCCAGGGCCUGGGAUUUCCUCCGACUGAGUGUAGUGGUUUGGUUUCUUCUGCAUUCGUGUGUGUGGAGGGGGAAUGGGCAUGGGGAAUUGGCCGAACAAGGCUUUACUGAAUGCUUCUUAGAGCCGGCCCGUCCCCGCCAGACAUCAAGUGUGACGAAGCAGAGAAUGUCAGACUGACCGUUGCAGGUUGGGUGGCUUCAGAAACCCAGCAGCGAGCCGAAGGUGCUUGGAGACGUGCCGGGGUGGUGAGGGUCUGGGCGUCGGGCUGAUGCUCCUGCCCACUGAGACAACAUUAGGACUUUAGGUGGUGGAUAUUUAUGGUUUUUGUACAAAAGUGGUUUUGCUAAUAAAGGUGAUGUUGUUUUAUUCAGUCUCCACAUCAGAGGAAGUCGCACUGGUUUCAUGUCAGGAGGGAAGCCCCUUUUCUCCAACUGCUUCAGAAGGACCAUUUUAGGGCACCUUGGGUGCAGACCUCAUGGUGAACACGGGCAAAAACCCGGCUGCAAAAGGAGUUGCAGCUGACGCCCCGGUGUUUGUUGUAGAGGAAUUCCAGAGGGGACGCAGUAAGCUGCUCUGAACUAAGUCAGCACGUACUUUGUGAGGAGGGGGAAAUGGAAGGUCUGGCCCAGGACUGACGGGUGGGAGCAGGAGCCCCUGCUAGGCUCCUGAAUGCUUCCCUGAAGAGGAGGCCGAGGGCCUGGACACGGUGCCAGAGAGCCUCGGAAAAGGGGAAACGGGUUCUAACAGAAAGGUAGAAAAUGGCUCGUUACCGAGGAAGGCAUUCUCAAAUCAGCGGGGUACCCUCAUGCCACCCACUCCGGGGAUAAAGAAGACAGAGCUGGAAAGAAUAAAAACUAGGAAAGGGCUUGCAGCUUCAACCAUUCCAGCCUGACCUCGAGACAAGUAUGCUGGGAAGUGGGGAGGAAAAAGGACGCCUGUGAUUUCUAAUGCCCUCGAGUAGAGUUUAACUGAUCUGAAUUGGCUGUGUCACUCAGGAGACCCAGAGACCCUAAAACCCCACUUGGGAACAAAUGGACUUGCACAGGGGGCAGAGAAGGUAAAUUGGCCCAAGAAACACCAGAGAGGUAUGUGGUGGGUGGGGGCCGCCUGCCUGCGGGAGCCGGGGCAAGGGUGGCCAAGAUGGCCAGCUCCCAUAGUGCCAGCAAGAGUAGUGACCCCCUGGGGUAGAUGUGGGAUGCCCCCAGUCACUAGGGCCACGUUGGAAAGGGUCCUGGAGAAGCUGGCCAGGGACAUCUCGGACCUGACACCUCCUUUGCUGGUUGAGUUUCCUGGUGUAGCCUUAACCCAUCUGGGUGGGGAGGGAUUCUGUAAUAAGAGACGUAAGGUAAAUCUUUUUGGCUCACGGCUUUUCAGUUCUGUCUGACUCUUCAUGACCCCAUUUGAGGUUUUCUUGGCAAAGGUACUGGAGCGGUUUGCCAUU